GGUCUCCUAAAGAUAAAGCAAUGGAGAGUGUUCCGAAAUUAAAUGCGUUGGUGAUACUUUAAGUUCUGCGAUCAUCGACAAAGGUACGUAAGGCAAAGCUUAGAAUUGAUCUAUUUCCUGAAUAGGAAAUCCCGGGCUUUACCUCAGGCGAGCUCUUGCCAUCGCAUCAUCACCCGAUGUAUGCUUGGUAACCUCAAUCUCAGUCCCUCUCUAGGGGACUUUACCCAUACAAGAGAAUAACCACGAGGUUCCCAAAUUCCCGCACAUUAUGAACAACGCAGCAACAGCUCGCCUCCCCGGACUGGCAUUGCCCCAAUUCCAAUGCUUGGGCCGACACCAUCGAGCUACCGCACUUCCCCGGACGUGGACAACAACACCAAGAACAGCACCGAAGAAUGGCCCUCGAAGCCGUAUCAUCCAGCCAUUUCAGCAACGCGCACACUACCACCCGCGGCGUACACGCACAACUACGGCUCCUGGUGCCAAUGCCUCGCUGGACCCAAUUGCCCUCCACCGGCUGGAGCACAUGCACCAAGCGUACUGGCGGCGGCGCAUGAAAUUCGCCUUUGCCGGCCUCACGCUCACCAUCUUCGGCACAUUUAUCUUCACCCGAGUUUUCCCAGUCCCGCCGGAACCUCAGCAGAAUGAUGCUCCCGAGGACGAUCCCAUGCGGAAACUAGACCGCAGCACACCCGUCAUUACCGGCGUCCCUGGCGGUGCCAGUGCCGCUGAACAAUCCGCUCAGGUCGUCCCUACGGGCACAAGCCAUGUUCCUGUCUUCCCAAAGACUAUCCAUCUUUCUCUCAACGAUGGCUCUUCUUCUCCCUCGCCAGCCUCUGCGCCUCUACCAGCCGCCGCUGCCACCGCCUCCAGCAAUGAAUACCACCUCAUGGGUCUCGGCAUCCGAACCGUCAGUUUCCUGCGCAUCCAAGUCUACGUCGUGGGCGUCUACGUUGCCGUGGACGACGUGGCGAAACUCCAACAAGCCCUCAUUCGAAGCGUGGACCCCAACGGCAUUGCGACAACCCUGAUCCAGCCUGAGAAAUUGAAACUGCGCGAUGCCCUUCUCGAUCCUGUCCACAGCGAAGAAAUCUGGACCCGCGUCUUGGCCGAGACGGGCGUGCGCUCCGUCAUUCGUGUCGUCCCCACCCGUGGAACAGACUUUCAGCAUCUCCGCGACGGCUGGGUCAGGAAUAUGACUGCCCGCACUGCACAUUUCGGCUCGCUUGCUGCGUCCCCAGGAUCAGAUGGACCGGGAUCGGCAGCAGCAGCGGCACCCGCAAACUGGCUGCACAAAGCCUCCAUGGCCGCGUUUGACGACGACGCCUUUGCAAACGCCAUGCAGUCCUUCAAAGCCAUUUUCUCGGGCGGCGGCAAGAAGAACCUCGCCAAGGGCUCGCCGUUGCUCUUGGCCCGUGAUUCGACUGGCGCUUUGCACGUUUUCAGUGACGACGACGAUGAGGCUGCCGGAUCCGGUGUGUCUGAUAACAGCAACAACAACAACAAUAAGAAGAAGAAGGCUCUGCCGGUCGAAAUGGGAAGCGUGUCUGAUCCCCGCGUUGCCAACUUGCUCUGGCUCGUCUAUCUCGCUGGCAAGACGGUCGCCAGCGAAGGCGCCCGCGAGUCGGUCGUGCAUGGUGUCAUGGAGUAUGUAGAGCGGCCAAUUGGUACGGUUGCUACGCAGGUUGUUUAGGCUUUAUUUUGUGACUUAUGGUCUUUGGCUUUUCUUAUAUUGUUUUCUUUUCAUCUCUUGAUUCUUUUAACUCCGGUUCAUUUAUGGAACUCAUAUGGGUCUGUAUAGUAUUCCCCACUCCAGCUUCCACGACUACAUCUACAUAAAACUUUGGACUCGUCUUACAACUUUUAUACAUCUGCUACUGUCUGUUUGUCGGCUAGCCGUGAGACAUGAGAAUCUAAAUACUCCACGCCCCACUCGCAACUCCUUAUUGUAAAUGCUCUAGA